AUGGACUUCAUUGGAGGUCUACCGGUGGGAAAAGGCAGAAUGAAUAAUUUGAUAUGGGUCAUUGUCGACCGAAUGACCAAAAUUGCCCAUUUGCUAGCAAUUCGGGAUACGGAUCCAGUAGAGGUGUUAGCUGAGUUAUACGUGAAUGAGAUCGUGAAACUUCAUGGAGUCCCAGCGCGGAUCAUAUCAGAUCGAGAUCCAAGGUUCACAGCAGCGUUUUGGCGAGCAUUGCAAGGAGCCUUAGGCACAGAAGUAAAGAUGAGCACGGCGUUUCAUCCUGAGACAAACGGACAAACGGAACGCACUAUCCAAACAAUCGAGGAUUUGUUGCGGCUGUGUAUUCUGAACUGGGCUAAGACCAUGCCAAACCCCUCUGUGUUGGACGGAAAUUGGGGAGAGGAAGCUAUUCGGACCACCAAUGGUGGAGAGACCAUAGAGAAGUUGCAGGUGGUCCGAACCAAUAUGAUGAAAGCCCAGGAUCGGCAAAAGAAGUAUGCUGAUCAGAAUCAAAGAGAAGUGACGUUCGCGGUAGGAGACUUGGUGUAUAUGAAGGAAACUGCACAGAAGGGGAAAGACCGCUUUGGGAAAGUUGGUAAGCUGGCAGAUCACGGGAAGAGUGGGAGAGGUGGCAUAUCGGUUGGAAUUGCCCUCAGACAUGAAACUUCACCCAGUGUUUCAUGCCUCCAUGCUUCGGAAGCAUGUACCAGAUCCGAAUGCGAUAAUGCGAGAUCUGCAGCUGGAUUUGAUGUAUCGGGAAGGGGCCUUUGA